AUGGGGCAGAGCAGCUCGGGAGCCGGGGGCCCCCAUGGCAGCGAGGGGCCACCCGCAGCGGCGUCGCGGGUCACCGACCUGAAGCAGUCGAUGCACAGGCCGCUCGCCGAGCUCGACCUGCAACCGGUCCAGGUCUUGACGCAGAAGCUGGAGCGGGCAGGGGAUCUGACGCCAGUCUUGAUCGGCAGUGGUGGGGAGCGGGGCAGAUUCCUGGCGCACCGCGUCGUCGUGGGCGCCCAGAGCCCCGUGCUGCUGCAGGAGCUGUCGCAGCAGCGGCCGCAGUGGCUGGCGCAGGAGGAGAUCAACGCCGUGGUCUACCGUGUGGACCCCAGGAUCUCCAAGGACGUCUGGAGGAGCGCCCUCCAGUUCCUGAGAUAA